UCUAUAACUACCUAUCUAAGCAGGUUUUGCAAGGAAGAGAAAUAUAAUGUGCAGCGGAGAAACAAGGCAAAGCACCACAAGUUGACAGAGAGAGCUUAUAUAUUAUUACCGUCAAUUCUUAUAAUAACACUUGCAAAUAGAGCAUUAUCAACUUUCACCUUUCAUAGGUAUAGUAAAGUGAUCAUUCAGGGAAUAGGAGCCUGAUCAGGUUGAAUGUACAGUACUCAUCAGCAACAUCAAGGAAAGAACAUUCACUCUUCUUCUUCUUCUUCCAGAAUGCCAAUCCCUUCUGAGAGGCAUAUGUUCCUUCAAACAGGAAAUGGCUCUGGUGAUUCUGGACUUGUUCUCUCAACUGAUGCUAAGCCUAGAUUGAAAUGGACACCUGAUCUUCAUGCAAGGUUUAUAGAAGCUGUGCAACAAUUAGGAGGAGCUGACAAGGCAACUCCAAAAACGGUAAUGAAACUCAUGGGGAUUCCAGGGCUUACCUUGUAUCAUCUGAAGAGCCAUCUCCAGAAAUACAGACUGAGCAAGAGUCUGCAUGGACAAAGUAACAAUGCGACACACAAAAUAACCAUAAAUUCAGGUUCAGCAACAGAUGAAAGACUCAGAGAAAACAACGAAACUCAUGUCAUGAAUAAUUUAAACGUUGCCCCUCAGUCUAUCAACAAAGAUUUACACAUAAGUGAGGCACUGCAGAUGCAAAUAGAGGUGCAGAGAAGACUAAAUGAGCAACUUCAGGUGCAAAGACUCCUGCAGCUACGUAUUGAGGCUCAAGGAAAAUACCUUCAGGCAGUGUUAGAGAAGGCUCAGGAAACACUUGGUAGACAGAAUUUAGGAGUAGUAGGACUUGAAGCUGCCAAACUUCAACUCUCAGAGCUAGUGUCAAAAGUGUCCUCUCAGUGCCUGAAUUCAGCAUUUUCAGAGCUGAAGGAGAUACAGGGAUUUAGCCCCCACCAUCAAAAACAAACACAAACCAACAACAACCAGCCUAUAAAUGCAAAUGACUGUUCCAUGGACAGUUGUCUCACAUCCUGUGAGGGAUCAUCACAAAAAGAUCAGCAAGAGAUACAAAAUAGAGGGAUGAACUUAAUACCCUUCAAUGUUCACACAUUCAUGGAGGGUCCAAAUCUUAAUAACCUACCAAACACUGACCUCAAGUGGUGUGAUCCUGUGAAGAAGAACAACACCUUCCUUACCCGAUUGAGCAUGCAUGCAGAAAGAAGUCCUAGCAACUUGUCUAUGAGCAUUGGAUUACUUGAAGGAGAAACAACUGAGAAUAGAAGCACCAUUGUUAGGACAGAAUCAAUUAAACCAGCUGUGGCUGAGAAAGUUUCUCAAGAUUAUGGAUUGCCAUCUAACUACUUUGCUGCUUCAAAACUGGACCAAACCACUGAAGAUAAUAAAGACACUAAAACUAGUUGCAAACAACUGGACUUGAAUGGAUUCAGUUGGAACUGAUGAGAAGAGAAAGCACAAUGGAAGCACACAGAAAGCAAAGUUACUCCAAUUUCUGGCAGGAAACAAUGUAUUUACUGUAAACAAUGUAUCAGCUUCUGUUUCUUUCAGCUCAUGGUGGUCAUGACUAGCCAAAUAUGAGUUACUUUUAGUAGAAUGCAAAGUUGCAACUAACAAAUUUGUAAGCAGUAAUUAUAAUGGAUAUAGAGUAUAUCGUUUUAUUCUAUAUAUAUGCUUAUUCAAAGUUUAAAACA